UGGCGUCCUAACCUCAAAAUUCUACCAUGAGGGACGGUAAAAGAGUUAUAUCGUAAAAUCGUGCGGAUACACGUUGAAGGCACCUUGAAAUAAAUUCCAGCAACCGGUGGAAUGCAAGUAAAAGAAACAAAAGGGGAAAGAGAAUCUAUCUCUCGAAAUUUGUGGCGAUCGAAUGAAGGGCGAGUCCCUCUCGGCAAACGCGCCGAAACCGCGGUGAGAGUCCACGGUGAGUAACGUCGUCCCCCGCGAUGAGCGUGCUCGUGCGGGGAUUGGGUCGCCUGCGGGGCGCGUACCCGGCGCUGGCGAGGUUAGGUAGCGACAGCGGCAACCGGGUGGUCGGCGCGCUACCGCAGCGUCGGCGCAGCGCGCCGAGUGCGGUGCGCGUCGAGCCGGGAAAGGCCCAGGAGGGGCUCGCGGUGCCCGUCCGCCCCGCCGACGAGGACAGCGCCGAUGACAGCCCGAAGGGAAAGAUAGCGGAGAACACGUACGCCCACAAUCUCUUCCUGAACUCGCUCAAGUACGCGAAUAUCGUGAUGCGGCCGAAGACCACGCACGCUUACGUUUUAAACGACGAGGCGCUAGAGAUCUUGAAUCGAGAUUGGAGCUCGAUGACGAGCGCCGAGACAACGUCAGCCGUCAAGAGGCUGUCCUAUAACUUGUGCAACAAUAACAGCAGGUUCGAGCCGUUGAAAUACACCAAGACAUUCAACGGAUUGAAUGUGCAAGAGCUGACCGACGAUGAUCUGAUGACGACGAUGCAGCAUCUGGCACCGUUCAGUAGUCAUCUGGGCGCGUACGAUUUUUACACCGAUCUCUGCUCGCAGAUAGACAGAGAAUGCAUGACACGUUUCCUGCGGUUACCUACGGAGAAGAUGUUGUAUCUCUGCGACGUGAUAUACCAGAUGUUACCCAGAAAAAGCAUUAAUCAAUACUAUUCUCAUUACAUAUGGUAUUCCAUCAGGCAUCUAGGUAAUAAACCUCAGAAGCUCUCUCCUCAACAACUGGUCCAGAUUCUCUUCUUUCUAAAUCUACACCGGAAGCCGCCUAUAAACAUGUACGAGUUCGAAUUCCGAUUGGAGCAGUGCUUCGAGGAUUUAUCGAUCAACGAGGUAGCUGUAGCGUCGUUGGGUUUCUUCAAGACUCGCACGAAAAUCAGGAGCAAUGUCUUCCUGAGUCGUAUCAUCCGGAGGACUAUAAACGAGAUAGACUUGCUGGAUUCCGUAAGCAUUGCAGCCCUCAUAAAAAUAAUACGAUUCAGCACAACGCUUGCGGAGAUCAACGAAUGUGUAGAGUUGAUUAAAGUGAUAACGCCAUACGUGCCGAACUACACGUUGAUGACUGUGACUCACAUUGCGCAAGCGUGUGGGAGGCUCAGCAUAUACGACAAAGAGCUCAUGGACGUAAUAAUCGAAAAGUUCAAUAGGGAAUUGAAGUUUGCGAGGAUAAAGGACAUCGAAAGAUUCCUUUACACUUUUUCUAUUUUUAAUAUCGACUCGAGCCACAACAUAUACCAGAACGUAAUCGAGGAAUUGAGGAACACUUGGUACACCACUCGAGCGGGCGAGAUAGCAAAGUUCCCAUAUGUAGUUUCACGUAUUAUAGGAUACUUGGCGACACAAAAUGUAUAUCCUAUAGACCUGAUCGAACGCAUCAUGGCGCCCGAAUAUUUAAGCAUGGCGUGCAAUCGCAAUUACCGUGAUCUCUCGCGUGAAUACUGCGUGCUGGACUACGGUCUGCGAGUGGAAGUGCCCGAGUACACUGGCCCAUUUCUUAAGCCCAGUAUAUCUAUUUUCCUAGAGAAGAAAUAUUACCAAUUGGCCGAGAAGACCGGUUGGUCGGAAUCGACUCGGGCGAAUAUGCUGUUUAAGGACGUGCUGGAAACGUGUCAGAAGCUGUUCAACACCACGUCGGACAUAUCGGUUGCUCGUCCGUUACCGCACUUUACGAUACAGGACAUUGUCUUGUGCCUAAACGAGCAAAACCAGCUUAUGCCGUCGGAAAAGUUCUUGUCGCAGUUUCAUUCGAGUGACAUUAAACGUGUGGACAAGGAAAAUUCGAAUAACGUGAGGUGGAUUGCCCUUGUCAUGGGUCAUUUCGGAUUAUCAUUAAGAAGUAGUAACGCACCUACUGGACCCUUGGCGGCAAAAAUAAGACAAUUAGCCUUAAUUGGUUACACGCCUAUCUUGAUACCAUAUGCCACUUGGAAUAAAUUCAAAUUACCGCAGGAGAAACGUCAUUACAUAAAAAAGCUUGUGUUUCAAGAUCGUACAUCAAAACUGUCUAGUACUAGACAAUAACGUGCGAAACAUGUCACAGAACAUCUUGUACAUCUCUUAUUAGGAAUAAUAUCUCUCAUAAUAUAAA